CCUGCGUCAUCACGUUGACCCCGAAGCGGAAGUGAACACGUGUGUGUGUUGAAGGCAGCGCGUGCUGUGAAGCCACGAGCGUUGCACCUCAGGUGACAGGUAACUUCACGUGCUCCAAACGCCGCCAGGUGAUUUUUUAAAAGACGGAACAUCAACAACUCGUUUGACGUCGGUUACAGCCUCUCUGUCUCUCUCCGUCAUCAUGGCCGUCAGAGCCGCCUUCGAGAAGAACAACGAGAUCGGCUGCUUCGCCAAACUCACCAACACCUACUGCCUGGUGGCCAUCGGCGGCUCGGAGAACUUCUACAGUGUGUUUGAAGGUGAAUUAUCAGAAACCAUCCCCGUGGUUCACGCCUCCAUAGCCGGCUGUCGCAUCAUCGGGAGGAUGUGUGUGGGAAACCGUCACGGCCUUCUGGUGCCCAGCAACACGACAGACCAGGAGCUGCAGCACAUCAGGAACUGUCUGCCCGAGGCGGUGAGGAUCCAGAGGGUGGAGGAGAGGCUGUCGGCGCUCGGCAACGUCAUCGCAUGCAACGACUACGUCGCGCUCGUCCACCCCGACCUCGACAGGGAGACGGAGGAGAUCCUCGCCGACACUCUGAAGGUGGAGGUUUUCCGUCAGACGGUAGCCGAGCAGGUUCUGGUCGGAUCAUACUGUGCCUUCAGCAACCAGGGCGGCCUCGUCCACCCGAAGACGUCGAUAGAAGACCAGGACGAGCUGUCGUCUCUGCUGCAGGUUCCUCUGGUGGCUGGCACGGUGAACCGGGGCAGCGAGGUGAUCGCGGCGGGGAUGGUGGUCAACGACUGGUGUGCGUUCUGCGGCCUGGACACUACGAGCACCGAGCUGUCCGUCAUCGAGAGCGUCUUCAGACUCAGCGACGCCGCACAGCCGUCCGCCAUCGCCACGAGCAUGAGGGACUCGUUGAUCGACAGCAUGGCCUAACACGCCUCUGCAGGUUCCCGCCGCCAUUGACGAGCUUCUGCUGCGGUUCGCCUGAUCUCACAUGAAGCCAACAAAAGCGAACCUCCACCCACACAGGACAGCCACCUCCACCUUCACCUCCACCUCCACCUUCACCUCCACCUCCACCUCCACCUUCACCUCCACCUUCACCUUCACCCGCCUGCAGCCUCAUCUUUGUUCUUCUUUUUUAACAAUUCAAUUACUCGUCAGGUUCAGCUGCACGUCUCGCUUCGGGUGGAGAUCAGUCGGUUCAAACUGCAGAUCAGAGGUUUUGGCUGCUUUGAUAAGAGAAACUGAAGAAAUGUUGAUAGGAAGCUUCUGAAAUUUCUUCAUCCAAACAGUUUUAAACAAAUGAAAAAUUAAAUGACGUCUGUGCCUGAUGACAAACUGUUCGCCGACCGUCGAGGCGUCUCUGACGGGUGACGGCGCCUUAAUGUCGGCGCUCCUCGCUCUGCUGCCUGCAGCUGAUACAGAUUCACAUCCACACAUAAAACACAACAACAAACACCAACUGUCACGCUGUCCAUCAGAAGGAUGACGCUGUGAUGUCGCGGCCAGACCACGCGAUGCUCGACGAAGGAUGUCUGUCAGUCGUGACAAUCGAUCGUUUUAUGUCUCGUGACGUCUAAUCUGACGAUUUUAAACGUCUUAAACAUCGCGUGGUCUGACCGCGACAUCACAGCUAAAGAUCCAGAAUGAAUUUCAAAGUAACUGAUGAAAUAUUGAAGUUUGUUUGUCUGAAGGAGCGACGGCGUGCAGACGAACUGGUUCAGAAUCAAAGUCGCCUGAUGACCUGACGGUUUCCGAGCGAACGUUUCGUCUCGUGUGUCUUGUAAAAUAAAAUAAAUCUCUUCUUUUUA